AUGCCGUCAUUCAAAUGGAGAUACGUCCCAAAUUACAGGAAGCUAAGGAACAAGCUAUCGAAUUCCGGCAAUCGGAUCAUACGAAACUUCAACGACGCGGAACUCGGGCUGCGCGCACGACUGGCUAUGACGAGGUGGAUUUGCUGCUUGUGCGGGUAUCAGCAGGCCUUUCUCCACGAGGCGAGGGCGUGGCAUCACCAGUGGGUAGAGUGCCGGGCGUGCACGCACACGGCGUGUCAAGAAUGCGACGUCAGCUGCGACGAUGACAGCGACGAGAUGCAGAAGAUCUUUCACGACAAGGCACAGGCGUGUGCCAAUCUCAAUAACGGCGGCCAGGAGACGUUCUGCUACAUUUGCCGGUGCGGCGAUCCGAUUAUCGUGGCAGGCGAGUCGCGCCGCCGGGUAACGCUCCGGCGGGGAGCAAAGACAAUGGAUCUCGCACAGGCGUCGCUGGUAGAUUUUGCUCGGGGUCGAUGCGCACAAUGCAGGCGGCGAUACGAUUCGACGUGUCUCAAAUUGGUGGCGCGAGCGAGGGCGUCGGCGGCGGGUGGCGACGCGGACGAGGCGCGGGCCGCAGGAUGCAGCAGUAGUGGAAGGAGCGACGACGACUCAGCAGCAGCAGCAGCAUCAUCAUCAUCAUCAGAGAAGGAGGGGCAGGAGGCGAUAAACUCUCGGCAAUCAGCAGCGUUCCCGUCGCUCUCGACAUCAUCAUCGUCCGUAGGGCCAGGAGUAAGGCAAUCUCAAACCUGUCCGUCGGGUCAGACCUGUGUCUCGGGACGACCGCGACAGCCAGUAGAAAGGCACAGCCCCACCCCCUUUUCGGCGAUCAGGACAAGCUCAAGCCCAGAGUCAGCCCCGACGCCUGAGUCUCAUCAAAAAUGUCAACAGCCGACGGAUCCCUACUCUCCCAGGCCCGGCGCUGAGGAGACUUUUCUGCAGCCUAGCCCCAGUGUUGCGCUGAGUCCUCUUCUGGACGACAACCUUCGUGCUCUCCUUGGUCCGCUGCUCAACUCGCCGGAAGACGAACACCGCCUCUCUCAGCUCCUGCAGUCAUCACCCGAAAAUACAACUCAUCAUCCACACGACCUGCCUAAUCCGCCAGGCUCCGCUUCUGACGAGCUCCACGACGAGCGACGUGUCCAACUCACGAUCGACCCGCUGCCUACGUGUAAAAACCCUUCAUUAGGAGCCCUCGAGCACCAUCAGCAGCAUCAGCGGCACCUCGACCUCGACUACUACAGUCCCUACUACGACUUUCAUCACCACCGCCAACACCACUUCAUCCAAAAUGGCUAUGAGAGCAGGCCGUAUGCUGCGAUCUCGCGCCCGCAACAAGAGCAUCUCUCUGGUAACCCAGCCUCCUCGCCGGACGCCAUCAGCAGCAGCCAGAGGGCUGACUUGAGCUUGGAACAGGUCUCGUCUUCGCAGCAGCGCCGCACCAGCGUCGCAUCGACGUGCACAACGCCCGCCGUCGACGCGCCCUUUACGUCCGACGACGUCGACAAGCUGCUCGAGCAGACAUACUUCGCCGCGCCCUCGCCAAAGGCCAACAAGCAGCACCAGCGCCGCAACUCGGUCAAGGUCGACAUGGGCCGCCGUAAGAUCGAGUGGCAGCCUGGCUGGUCCUUCCAGGACUACCUGGCUGAGAUGCGACGGCCCGUCAAGGGCAACCUGUGGCGGCAGUACGGCAAGCGCUGUUGA